AGCUGACGAGANAAUGUGGGCCAUCAACAAGGGCAACGCCCGAUGCGGGCCGGGCGCGAAGGCUACAUCAUUCGAAGAAGCUGUUGCCGCCGACAACAUCGCGUUGGGUUCCCGCUCCGGUGCAGCAGCCGGUGGCCGUGCCAGCGGUCGGGUGAAUCCGGCCAGCAGCAUCGGGGGGUUGAGGCCCGCGUCGGAGGUUUCGGCGGGUGGCGCUGCUAGCGGUCGAUCGAGCCCGACCAUGAGUACGGGCGGGCUAGACGACGACUUCUCGCCCGCGGGGAGCGGGCCAUCGAGGAAGGUUCCACCGCUUGGCGACUUGGUUCCACCGCUUGGCGAAUUGGUGAAGCACAUGGGGUCGCUGAGCAUUCCGACGCCUGCGCAAAGUGCCGGGGUCACCACGGAGGACGCGGACUACUUCCUCAACACGGGCUUCACGGCCGAUGAAGUUCAGCCGGAAAGGGCCGUGGCCAUGAUGGCGGUACUACUCGACAAAAGGCUUAGUCCCCAGCGCGACGGAGACAGCGUCCAGGACUACAUGGAUGAUCUUGGUGAAGAGGAUAUGCAGCUGCCCGGAUUUGAUAGGUUUGACGAGUCGGUCAUGUUUAAACUGCUCGAGCUCUACGGCGUGGAAAUGAUGGACUUCCGCAGCCUGCCGGAAUCGAAUUGGUUUCACAGCGGAUGGCCCAUAGAACGUGUUACGCCGGACAAGGUGCUUCAGGUUACGAAGCGGGUGGCGAGGUUGUUGGUGCUUGGCGCCGGCGUGACGAACUCCGGGCUGUCCGCCGCCGGUCAGACAUCCAUCCCCGGUUCUGCAACAGAGGGGUGUGCGCGCGCCAUGUCAGGCAUGGACCCUUCAGGGGUUGCGAGUGGGCCCUCGGGAAACCGUGGAAGGAAGCCCCGUGCCAAGACCAAUAAGCUCGCCGAGGAUGGGCUAGAUAGCUUCAUGGAGCGACAGGUGGCUGACGCUCGGGCACUCGCCGAUCAGAAACGUGAAGAGGACGAGAGGAGGCGGGCGGCGGAAGCUAAACGAGAAGUAGGGAGGAGGCAAGAGCUCCUGGACAUGAUGGCCCACGAGAGGGCAAUGCGGGAAGAUGAAAGGAAACACGACAGACAAGAGCGUGAAAUGGAGAGGGCGACUGCACGGGCAGAGCAAAAGGAAGAUCGUGAUCACCAAAUCAGGAUGAUGCAACUCCAGGUGGCUGACGCUCGGGCACUCGCCGAUCAGAAAUUGAGGAGGCAAGAGCUCCUGGACAUGAUGGCCCACGAGAGGGCAAUGCGGGAAGAUGAAAGGAAACACGACAGACAAGAGCGUGAAAGGGAGAGGGCGACUGCACGGGCAGAGCAAAAGGAAGAUCGUGAUCACCAAAUCAGGAUGAUGCAACUCCAGGUAGACCUGGCGAAGGCGAAGGGCAACAAUAACUAG